GGGUGCUGGAUGGUGGGGGAGUACCACUGAUGAGAGAGCGGGCGAAAGAAGGGACUAAUUAAGCAUUAUUAUAUUUAUCUGUUGGAUACUUUAAAACACCUGGACAGAGUUUCUUCGUCUACUGUGUGUGGUGGCCACGUGUGUUCUGCUUCUGGUUUCCAGCAGCAAUGUCACAGAGGAGUGGGCAGGAGGACCCGGAGCGGUACCUCUUUGUGGAUCGCGCUGUGGUCUACAACCCAGCCGCCCAGGCCGACUGGACUGCCAAGAGGCUGAUAUGGAUCCCAUCAGAACGCCACGGCUUUGAGGCUGCCAGCAUUCGUGAGGAGCGUGGAGAUGAGGUGGUGGUGGAGCUGGCUGAGAAUGGGAAGAAGGCGGUGGUCAACAAGGAUGACAUCCAGAAGAUGAACCCACCAAAGUUCAGUAAAGUAGAGGACAUGGCCGAACUUACCUGCCUGAAUGAGGCGUCUGUGCUUCACAACCUCAAAGACCGCUACUAUUCUGGCCUCAUCUAUACAUACUCUGGUCUCUUCUGUGUGGUCAUAAAUCCCUACAAAAACCUGCCCAUCUACUCAGAGAACAUCAUUGAGAUGUACAGGGGUAAAAAGAGGCAUGAAAUGCCCCCUCACAUCUACGCUAUCUCAGAAUCUGCGUACAGAUGCAUGCUCCAAGAUCGAGAAGACCAAUCUAUUCUUUGCACAGGUGAGUCAGGUGCUGGCAAGACUGAAAACACAAAGAAGGUCAUUCAGUACCUGGCACAUGUUGCCUCCUCCCACAAAGGAAGGAAAGACCACAGCAUUCCUCCAGAAUCACCUAAACCAGUGAAACCGCAGAGUGGACCCCUGUUUUAUGGUGAACUGGAACGUCAGCUUUUGCAAGCAAACCCCAUCCUUGAAUCUUUUGGGAACGCUAAGACGGUGAAAAAUGACAACUCGUCAAGAUUUGGGAAAUUCAUCCGGAUCAACUUUGAUGUCACCGGAUACAUUGUUGGAGCCAAUAUAGAAACCUACUUACUAGAGAAAUCCAGAGCUAUUCGUCAAGCCAAAGAUGAGCGUACCUUCCAUAUUUUCUACCAGCUGCUGGCUGGAGCUGGAGAGCACCUCAAAUCGGACCUGCUUUUGGAAGGAUUCAACAACUACCGUUUUCUGUCCAACGGUAACAUCCCAAUCCCAGGACAGCAGGACAAAGACAACUUCCAAGAGACGAUGGAGGCCAUGCACAUCAUGAGCUUUGCCCAUGAGGAGAUUCUGGCCAUGUUGAAGGUCGUGUCCUCGGUGCUACAGUUUGGUAACAUUGUCUUCAAGAAGGAGAGGAACACUGACCAAGCCUCUAUGCCUGAUAAUACUGCUGCUCAGAAGCUGUGUCACUUGCUGGGUAUGAAUGUGAUGGAGUUUACCAGAGCUAUUCUGACACCAAGGAUCAAAGUGGGAAGAGACUACGUCCAGAAAGCACAGACGAAAGAGCAGGCUGACUUUGCUGUCGAGGCCCUAGCUAAAGCAACAUAUGAGCGUCUGUUCCGCUGGCUGGUCCAUCGCAUUAACAGAGCUCUGGACAGAACCAAACGACAGGGUGCCUCAUUCAUCGGCAUCCUGGACAUUGCUGGUUUUGAGAUUUUUCAGUUGAACUCAUUUGAGCAGCUGUGUAUCAACUACACCAAUGAGAAGCUGCAGCAGCUCUUCAACCACACCAUGUUCAUCCUGGAGCAGGAGGAGUACCAGAGGGAGGGCAUCGAGUGGAGCUUCAUCGACUUCGGCCUGGACCUGCAGCCCUGCAUCGACCUCAUUGAGAGGCCGGCAAACCCUCCAGGAGUGUUAGCUCUGCUGGAUGAAGAGUGCUGGUUCCCCAAGGCCACAGACAAGACCUUUGUAGACAAGCUGAUCCAGGAACAGGGCACACACACCAAGUUCCAGAAGCCCCGUCAGCUCAAAGAUAAGGCCGACUUCUGCAUCAUCCACUACGCCGGCAGGGUGGACUACAAGGCAGAUGAGUGGUUAAUGAAGAACAUGGACCCUCUGAACGACAAUGUGGCCACUCUUCUGCACCAGUCAACUGACAAAUUUGUAGCUGAACUUUGGAAAGAUGUCGACCGUAUCGUAGGCCUGGACCAGGUGGCAGGAAUGAACGAGACAGCCUUUGGUGCCACCUACAAAACGAAAAAAGGCAUGUUUCGUACAGUGGGACAGCUCUACAAGGAGUCGCUCACCAAGCUCAUGGCCACAUUGAGGAACACCAACCCCAACUUUGUCCGCUGCAUCAUCCCCAACCACGAAAAAAGAGCUGGUAAAUUGGAGCCUCACCUCGUUCUGGACCAGCUGAGGUGUAAUGGCGUCCUGGAGGGGAUUCGCAUCUGCAGACAGGGCUUCCCCAAUCGCAUUGUCUUCCAGGAGUUCAGACAGAGAUAUGAGAUUCUGACACCCAAUGCGAUCCCCAAGGGAUUUAUGGAUGGGAAACAAGCCUGUGAAAGAAUGAUCCAAGCUCUGGAGCUGGACCCCAACCUGUUCCGUAUUGGUCAGAGUAAGAUCUUCUUCAGAACAGGUGUUCUGGCUCACCUGGAGGAGGAGAGAGACCUGAAGAUCACUGACAUCAUCAUCUACUUCCAGUCUGUGUGCCGUGGAUACUUGUCACGCAAAGCCUUUGCUAAGAAGCAGCAGCAGCUGAGUGCCCUGAAGGUUCUCCAGAGGAACUGUGCUGCUUACUUGAAGCUGCGACACUGGCAGUGGUGGAGGCUUUUCACCAAGGUGAAGCCUCUGCUGCAGGUCACCAGGCAGGAGGAGGAGCUGCAGGCCAAAGAUGAGGAGCUGAUAAAGGUGAAGGAGAGGCAGCUCAAGGUGGAGAAUGAGCUGGUGGAAAUGGAGAGGAAACACCAACAGCUCCUCGAAGAGAAGAAUAUUCUAGCAGAGCAACUCCACGCAGAGACAGAGCUGUUUGCUGAGGCCGAGGAGAUGAGAGUUCGUCUCCUUUCUAGGAAGCAAGAAUUGGAGGAGAUCCUUCAUGACCUGGAGUCUAGGGUGGAGGAAGAGGAGGAGAGGAACCAAAGCCUGCAGAAUGAGAAGAAGAAGAUGCAGUCACACAUCCAGGAUCUGGAAGAGCAGCUCGAUGAGGAGGAGGCUGCAAGACAGAAGCUGCAGCUGGAUAAAGUGACAGCUGAGGCCAAAAUCAAGAAGAUGGAGGAGGACAUUCUGCUGCUGGAGGACCAAAACUCCAAGUUCCUCAAGGAGAAGAAGCUACUGGAGGACAGGAUUGGUGAGAUGACCUCCCAGCUGACCGAGGAGGAGGAAAAGGCAAAGAACCUUGGCAAAGUCAAGAACAAGCAGGAGAUGAUGAUGGUUGACCUGGAGGAGCGUUUAAAGAAAGAGGAGAAAACCCGCCAGGAGCUGGAGAAGGCCAAACGCAAACUGGAUGCUGAGACGACCGACCUGCAGGACCAAAUCGUUGAGCUUCAGGUCCAGAUAGAGGAGCUGAAGAUCCAGCUGACCAAGAAGGAAGAGGAGCUGUUGGCUGCUCUGGCCAGGAGUGACGAGGAGGCCCUCCAGAAGAACAACGCCCUGAAGCAGGUUCGGGAACUGCAGGCUCAGCUAGUUGAGCUUCAGGAGGAUCUGGAGUCAGAGAAGAUGUGUCGAAGUAAAGCUGAAAAACUCAAGAGGGACCUGAGUGAGGAGCUUGAGGCUCUGAAGACGGAGCUGGAGGACACGUUGGAUACCACUGCCGCCCAGCAGGAACUCAGAACCAAGCGAGAGCAAGAGGUGGCAGAGCUGAAGAAGGCCAUAGAUGAGGAGACCAAAAACCACGAGGCUCAGAUCCAAGAGAUGAGACAGAGGCACGCCACAGCGCUGGAAGAACUGUCCGAGCAGCUGGAACAAGCCAAGAGGUUCAAGGCCAACCUGGAGAAGAACAAGCAGAGUCUUGAGAGUGACAACAGAGAAAUGGCUUGUGAGGUGAAGGGUCUGCAGCAAGCAAAGACGGAGUCAGAACACAAGAGGAAGAAACUGGAGGCCCAGCUACAGGAGUUUAUGGCCAGGGCCACUGAGGGAGAGAGGGCCAAGGCAGAGCUGGCUGAGCGUUCACACAAACUCCAGGCCGAGCUGGACAACAUUUCCGCUUUGCUGGAGGAGGCAGAGAAGAAAGGCGUUAAACUGGCCAAGGAAGUCGACAACCUGAACAGCAAACUGCAAGAUUCAGAGGAGUUGCGGCAGGAAGAGACUCGUCAGAAACUGAACCUCAGCGGCCAAAUCCGCCAGCUGGAGGUGGACAAGAACACCUUGAUGGAGCAGCAGGAGGAGGAGGAGGAGGCACGACGCAACCUGGAGAAACAGCUGCAGUCACUGCAAGCUCAGCUGUUUGAGACAAAGAAGAAGCUGGAGGAGGAUGUGGGGGCAAUGGAGGGCCUGGAGGAGGUGAAGAAGAAACUCCAGAAGGACAUGGAACUGACCAGCCAGCGCCUGGAGGAGAAGACCAUGGCCAUGGACAAGAUGGAGAAGACCAAGAACCGACUACAGCAGGAGCUGGAUGACCUGAUGGUGGAACUGGACCACCAAAGACAGAUUGUGUCCAACCUGGAGAAGAAGCAGAAGAAGUUUGACCAGAUGCUGGCUGAGGAGAAGACUGUCUCAGCACGUUACGCAGAGGAGCGUGACCGUGCAGAGGCUGAGGCCAGAGAAAAGGAGACCAAGGCUCUGUCUAUGGCCAGAGCUCUGGAAGAGGCCUUGGAGGCUAAAGAGGAACUGGAGCGGUUUAAUAAGCAGCUACGUGCUGAGAUGGAGGACCUGAUGAGCUCCAAGGAUGACGUAGGGAAGAAUGUCCAUGAACUGGAGAAGUCCAAGCGCAUGCUGGAGCAACAGGUGGAGGAGAUGAGAACUCAGCUGGAGGAGCUGGAGGAUGAGCUGCAGGCCACAGAAGACGCCAAGCUGCGUCUGGAGGUCAACAUGCAGGCCAUGAAGGCCCAGUUUGACCGAGACAUGCAGGCCAGAGAUGAGCAAGGAGAGGAGAAGAAGAGGGCACUGGUCAAACAGGUGCGUGAAAUGGAGGCAGAGUUGGAGGAUGAGAGGAAGCAGAGAACUCUGUCUGUCGCUGCCAAGAAGAAGCUGGAGAUGGACCUGAACGAGCUGGAGGGACAGAUCGAAGCCGCCAACAAAGGCAGGGAAGAGGCUGUCAAACAGCUCCGGAAACUACAGGCUCAGAUGAAGGACUAUCAGAGGGAGCUGGAGGAGGCCAGAGCCUCCAGGGAUGAGAUCUUCACCCAGUCCAAGGAGAACGAGAAGAAACUGAAGAGUCUAGAAGCUGAAAUCUUACAGCUACAGGAGGACCACGCAGCUUCAGAGAGAGCCCGUCGACAUGCUGAACAGGAGAGGGACGAGCUUGCCGAUGAGAUAUCCAACAGCGUCUCUGGAAAGUCGUCAAUGCUGGAGGAGAAGAGGAGGCUGGAGGCUCGUAUCGCCCAGCUGGAGGAGGAGCUGGAGGAGGAGCAGGGCAACAUGGAGAUGCUCAACGACCGUUUCAGAAAGACCACCAUGCAGGUCGAAAACCUGAACACAGAGUUGGCGGGAGAGCGUAGCGCUGCACAGAAGAGUGAGAAUGCUCGACAACAGAUGGAACGGCAGAACAAGGAUUUGAAAGCUAAGCUGGCAGAGCUGGAAGGGGCUGUCAAGUCAAAGUUUAAGGCGUCCAUUGCUGCCCAGGAGGCCAAGAUCUUGCAGCUGGAGGAGCAGCUGGAGCAGGAGGUCAAGGAGAGAGCAGCAGCCAACAAAAUCGUCCGUCGCACAGAGAAGAAGCUGAAGGAGGUGAUGAUGCAGGUAGAGGAUGAGCGUCGUCAUGCCGACCAGUACAAGGAGCAGAUGGAGAAAGCCAACUCUCGUAUGAAGCAGCUGAAGCGUCAGUUGGAGGAGGCGGAGGAGGAAGCCACCAGGGCCAACGCCUCCCGCAGGAAGCUGCAGAGGGAGCUGGACGACGCCACAGAGGCCAGUGAGGGUCUUACCCGGGAGGUCAACUCUCUCAAGAACCGCCUCAGACGUGGGGGUCCGGUCAGCAGCUUCUCCUCCAGCCGUUCAGGCCGCCGCAACCUCAACCUGGACGGCGCUUCAGUCGACCUGUCAGAUGACGAUGCCGACAGCCGCACCAGCGACUUCAAUGAGACGCAAACCUCCAACGUUGAGUAAUUACAGCGGCACUCUCAUUCCUCGCUUUUCCCCUCUCCUUGCAUCAUCACUACCCACCUCCCCUCACCUCAUCCACCUGUCACCUGCGCCCAGUUUUCCUCCCCCCGAGAGAUCCUCAGCAUCAGCAUGGUCUUCAUUCAUUUCAAACCACUGACUGGACAGAAGAUUAGAGCGAUGAGCUGUUUUUCUGGUAAAGCCGGGCAGACUGCCCUGGCAGAGCGCCUCUGCCCUUUUUGUAUCAGUUAACACUGCAGGGAAAAUCCACCGCCCUCCCCUGAAGAAAAACCUCCAGGCCUGGAGUGUCGCAGGGGCAAAUGGACAAUUCUGCCUUACUCUGUUCUCCUCUGGCAAGCUGCUAGCCCUGGCUCGUCUGUCGGCCAUGUAUCAUCUCAGCAUCGUAACCCAUCCCCUCCCAUCAGGCGUGAAGUUAUCUGCUCAGCUUAUUGAGAAAGUAUGCAUAGGUACAAAGUGCUUUUUAUACAUAUGAAACUGUGUGUGUGUGUGUCUGUGUGCACACGUGUAUGUAUGAUGUAGGCGGAGGCUGAGGUGUGCACACAUCAAGUAUGUAGGCUAUGUGAACACACUCCAUACUGGAAAUGCAGGACUACAAGGAAACAUAUUUCACUCCGAUGUUGUUGUAGGUGCUCUGCUCACUAGCUGUGUAAAAGUCAUCUCAUACAGGACACACUUUCUAACAGCAUUCAAAUUGACGGACCUGUCCAAAAAAAAAAAAACAAAAAAAAACAAACACAAAACCAAGGUCACGGCGGUCUGUGAGCCACCACGCCUGCUGCUUCUGUCGCACGAGUCUCCCUCCGAUGUACAGACACUACAGGAACGACUAACAUCUCGGGACAUGCAAUACAACAACAUGGACUCUGAAUUGAAAAUGUAUUACUGUGAAAAAAAAAGAUAUUUUAUUUUCUCUGUUGCUUCAUCUCAACAGUUAAUGAAGGAAUGUCUCACUGAGGUUUUCACUAGAAAUCUCUAAGCUCGUAAGGUUAACUGAUUUGUACUGUUGACCAAUGGGAACACUAUUGAGUUUUUAAGUAUAUCGUCCUUCAAUAUGGACAGACUGGAGCAGACUGGAGAAGAUGCAGAGAUGCUGGAAAAUGCACAGAACUGCACAGGUUAGAAUUUUUAACUGGAAACCAACAGGUUAAAUUUUAAAAAAAAAAGCUCAUACUGGAAGCACUGAAGUGACGCUCAGUCUGCAUUUUCAAUGUGACACUAAAUGGUUAAAGCUUAGGUUGAACGUGUAGUUUGAUUAGAAAUGGAGACUGAUUGAAAAUAGUCAUCUUCUCACUACAUUUCAGUGUUUGUGCCUAGUCCCAGUUUGUAUCGUUACAAUCGAGUCACAGAGCUGAGAGUCAGUUUUUCUGAACAACACUCGGCGAACUUUCGAAACUUAAACAUUCGUUAAACACUUAACGACUGUUCUGAAGGGUUUUUUUUUUUCCAAAAUCUUCGAACCAUCUGUUGCACUGUAAGAUUUUUAACUUUUAAGCCAGCAUGGACAAGACGUCCUUAAGAGCUCAGAAAAAUGUGAAAUUUCAACAUCUGCAAUUUUAUGACAACAGUUUGUUUUUAAUAACCCUUUUCUCCAGGUUGUUACUGUUUUCUAAUUUAAACAAAGAUUGUUGCUGUAAACAUUUGUCUUUGCUCAAUUUGUGCAACAUAUAACAAAAUUCAAACUAAUGUUUAGUUAUAUUUGUCUCUAUUAAUGUCACAUUUUAUGAUGUUAAUUUUUAUGAAAAUAUAAAAUAUUUAUAUUUUUCUUGUGUCAUACAAAACAAGCUUAGACGUGGUCAUUUCUGGCUCCCUGGAUAGGAAAUUGAGAAACUCAAACUUUUUAUAGCUAUUGAUAAUUUUGAUCGUCAUCAGCAGAUCAGGUUGUCAUUGAAUUACAGAUGUUCCCAUGACCAUUUAACUGUCCAACAUUAGUCCCACGGUGUUACCGUUCUGUUUUAAGGGCUUUAAGGAUGUCCAUGCUUAAAGUCAACUUUUUUUUUUUUUGCAUCUAGAUGUUAGAGUUUAGUCUUUAGGAUUUUAGAAGUACUUUCAGAACAGCAUUAAAUCUCAAACAGCCUUUUGAGUUUUUCUAAAAUACAAACUUGUUGCUCUGUGGCUCAUUUGUAAUGGUAAAACGUGACGAUGAAGAAACUAGGGCUGGUUUGUGCCAUGAUUUUGUGAGUUGAAGCCUGAUUCUUCAGACUGUCAACAGACUAAAUCCAGCACUUAGUGUUUGUAGGUGACAGAUUGUCUGAUUUUUUUUUUUUUUUUAAAUACUUUCCUUGCAAUUUUAAUAGCAUUUUUAGAGAGGUGAAGACAGGCUCUGCUUGAAAUACAGCCGACACCUCAACAGUUGAACCACUACAGUGUGAAAAGCCACGCCAGGGUACUCAUAUCCAUCCACCAACUCUACUGUUACUCUGUUCCUUUACUCUGGAUAUGCUGAUUAGGAUGGUCGCCUGUGGCACACGCCCUUUGCCCUUCUCCUCAAGUGUUAACACUUAACGUAUGUUUCUUUAAAAGUGCCUUAGACACUAAAUAAGAACAUAAGCGGGCAAGGAUUUCAUUACAGAAACAAAACCCUAAUGAGAAAACAGGUGCAUCAAGAAUAUAUUCAACACUUUAAUCUUUUUUCUUUCUUUUGUAUCGUUGCUGUGCUUCAUAUCAUAUCCGCUGUGUACCUCUAUGUUCAUAAUAACCCCCCUAGAUAGAGCAUUUGGGUCAAACUCUGUAUUACAGUAUUAUGAUUAACUACAUGAAAAGCGAAGCCCUUGGCAGCUGCAUGUCCCAAAAUUAUUUUUGAAGUAAGAUUGUUUUUUUUCUCCCCCUGUAACCUCUCACAGGUUAAGUACUGAAGUUAUUUUGGGAAAUAAAUGCACUGCACAGGAUUUCAUUUGGUUGGAAGCUUUAACAUCCACAUGUAGUUAACUAAUUUUUCUUUUCUUAUUAUUAUCCAGCUGGCUGUUGACAACCAGGCAUUCAACUGCAAAUACUCUCAUCUUAUUAUUUCUUGUAUACCUGUAUUUCUAGAUGGUAAUUUUUUUUCUGUUUUGUUUGUUUUUGUAAAAGGAAAAUAAAGCGUAUUCAUUGUAGAUGUGA